GAGCGUCACACCGUUUCAUCCUGUUAUCUUGAGAAAAACUCUUUCGCUUCGUCUCCUCAGGUGCAUCAGAGCUGCACAAAAUGUAAGCCACUUGGUAUUUAACGAACAGAAACCGAUACUUUUGUACCGUAUAGUAAUUUCUGGCGUAACGUUUUAUAUAGAAAGACCGUUAUAUCCACGGCUUAGUAAGGACAAAUAUCUAACGAUAGCCUGUGUUUGAAGUGUGUGUUUGUGACUGCAACACUCGCGCAGUAGCAUUGCCUACGAAUUACAGUAUCUCACACCCUGAUAGCACAAAAUCACCCGUCAACACGUAUUGGAUUAUCUCUGUGGAAAUGAGGUGGUUUGGCACCACGGUCAUGCCGACAUCAAGCCCGUGAUUGAGUAGCAGUGCUUCAGGCCCCGUCUGAGCCUCCAGCACCCCACCAGACACCCACAGUAUGUCUAGUUCAGGCUUCUCCCCCAGCCAGGGGUCCUUCAGCAGCGAGCAAAGCCGAUAUCCACCACACUCAGUGCAAUAUACCACACGCCACCAACAGGAGUUCACCGUUCCAGAUUACCGUACACCCCUACUGGACCUGCAGCGUCGCAGACCUUCACUGCUAUCAGAAUUCCAUCCCGGGACAGAAAGGCCCACGGAGCGCAGGCACGGCUAUGAGCAACAGUUUCAUGCCACCCCAUCUCAGCAGGAGCAGGAGACUCUGGAGGCCAAACGUACUCGCUUCGAGAACGUAACCGAAUCACACUUUCCACGAGCUCAGUCCACCAACAUUGUUCUACCCCCUCCACAUACCAUACCGGACAGCAUUAGGACUACCGGAGAGGUUAAGAAGGAAACUCAGUUCAGUGUGAAGGUGGAGGCCUCAUCCCCCGGUGGUGUUCCUCAGGUGGUUGAAGAUGCAGACCCAUCACCUUCCAAACUCUCCAAGGAGGAGUUGAUUCAGAGCAUGGACCGGGUGGACCGUGAAAUCGCAAAGGUCGAGCAGCAGAUUUUCAAACUCAAAAAGAAACAGCAACAAUUGGAGGAGGAAGCAGCCAAGCCAGUAGUGCCAGAAAAGCCAGUGACGCCUCCCCCUGUGGAACACAAACAUCGCAGCAUUGUCCAGAUCAUUUAUGAUGAGAACCGGAAAAAGGCAGAAGAAGCCCAUAAGGUACUGGAAGGGCUGGGGCCUAAAGUGGAACUGCCUCUGUACAACCAGCCAUCUGAUACUAAAGUCUACCAUGACAACAUUAAAACGAAUCAAGUGAUGAGGAAGAAGCUGAUUCUGUUUUUCAAGAGGAGGAACCACGCUCGCAAGCAGAGGGAGCAGAACAUUUGCCAACGUUAUGACGAGCUGAUGACGGAGUGGGAGAAAAAAGUCGAGCGAAUGGAGAACAACCCUCGCCGUAAAGCCAAAGACAGCCGCACACGUGAAUAUUACGAGAGGCAGUUUCCCGAGAUCCGCAAGCAGCGUGAGCAACAGGAACGUUUCCAGAGGGUGGGUCAGAGAGGUACAGGUCUGUCUGCCACCAUUGCAAGAAGCGAACAUGAGAUAUCGGAGAUCAUUGACGGCCUUUCGGAGCAGGAGAACAAUGAAAAGCAGAUGAGGCAGUUGUCUGUCAUUCCUCCCAUGAUGUACGAUUCGGAGCAGAGACGUGUGAAAUUUAUCAACAUGAACGGCCUGAUGGAUGAUCCCAUGAAGGUCUACAAAUCGCGCCAGUUCAUGAACGUCUGGACUGAACAUGAGAAAGCACUCUUUAAGGAGAAGUUUGUGCAGCAUCCAAAGAACUUCGGGCUCAUUGCUUCGUUUUUGGAGAGAAAGUGUGUGUCGGAUUGUGUGCUGUACUAUUAUUUGACAAAGAAGAGUCAAAACUAUAAAACACUUGUUCGACGCAACUUUGGGAAUCGGCGGCGAAGAAAUCAGCAGUUAACGCGACCCUCACAGGAAGACAAGGCAGACGACAAGAACGAGGAAGAAAAAGCAGAGAAAUUGGAGAAGAAAGAGGACGAGGAGAAGAAGGAAGAGGAAGAGAAAGAUGAAAAAGAGGACUCCAAGGACAUCAUCAAAGACAAAGAGAAGUGUGAGGGAGAGGAGGAGGAGGGUAAGGAGCAGAACACGCCGCGUGGACGCAAGACCGCCAACAGCCAGGGCCGCCGCAAGGGCCGCAUCACCACUCGCUCCAUGGCCAAUAAUGAGGCUGCAUCAGCGGUGGCCGAGGAACCACCUCCACCUCCACCUGAACCAGUUCUGCCAGAGCCGACACCUCCCGCUAAACCUGAGCCAGUGCAGAAACUUGUACGAGAGUCUGCGAAACCCACUCCUGUACCCAGCACAGACACACGAGGCGCAGUUGAAGCUGGAGAGACGUCUCGCUGGACGGAGGAGGAGAUGGAGAUCGCCAAAAAAGGUCUUGUUGAACAUGGUAGGAACUGGUCAGCCAUCGCUAAGAUGGUCGGCUCUAAGAGUGAAGCUCAGUGUAAGAACUUCUACUUUAAUUAUAAGAGACGACACAAUCUAGACAAUCUACUGCAGCAACACAAGGGAUCCAUCCGGCUUCGUGGAAAUCAAGACCCGUCACAGAACGACGCCAUGCCAGAGGAUGACGAGGAGAGCGAUGGGCCCGAUAACAGUUCGGACACAGAGAGUGCACCAUCUCCCUCUCAAACCGACCCCACCAGAUUUUCCGACUCGCUAACUCAUACCAGCUCUUCUGUGGACGGCACUUUAGAACAGGAGGCCUCUACCGCCAAAGGCCCCACAGUAGAUGCCAAGGACCAGGAAGCUCAGUACAGCGAGACGCGGGUCAAAGUGGAGAAGAGUCCGGAAGGAGGAGCAGGAGAUGGGCUGCUUCAGGAAGAGCGGGCGCGGAUGGCGUACGAAACUCAGAUCCACCCAAAGAGCGAACCGCAGGAUGUGGAGAUGAUGGCCCCAGGAGAAAGAGGACAGGUGCAGGUGAAGACCGAGCCAGAGGUUAAGGAUAAAGAGGAGAAACAGGGAGAGCAGCACCAUUCGGAUAAUGAUUCUAGCGCCACCUGCAGUGCAGAUGAGGACGUGGAGGCUGAACCUGACCGACAGAGACUUUUCACUCUUGAGAAGCCGUUUUUGCUUGGCACUUCGAGCUCAGUGGUUGUGUCCUCAGCCAAAAUGCUCAACAUGCAGCAGCUGCAGCAGCGGGCCGCCACCAUUCCUACCAUGGUCAGUCCCCACAGCCCCUACCCCCACUUAUCAUUCAGCUAUGCCUCUGUGGACAGAAACAGGGCCCAGCCACCCCGCCACGUUUCAGCUUCGUUUGGUCACAGUGGCGUUCCUGUCGGGGCUCCGUUGAGCGGUUUUGCCAUGUUCCAGCACCAAAUCAAAGCUGUGCAUGAGUCUGCGCAUCAGGAGGACAAACAGAGACUGGACCAGAACGAACCGGACCGCAGACCCCGAGUCACCACCCACAGCCCCGUUUUACUGGACAGAGAAGGUAAGCCGUUUGCUUACAUGCCGUAUGACCUGAAGUUGAUUGAACAAGAGUGUCACGGUGCAGCUGUCAGACCUGGCUCUCCGUAUAGACUCUCUCCUCGGGAGCCCAGCAAAGCUUCACCCCAGCCUGAUGCCAGUAACCCCACCCGCUACAGUGUGCCUCCAGUUCUUCAGCCAGCACCAAACCAGACGAUUCCAACCCCUUCAGAUGUGCGCAUGACGUUCUCGCGUCACAGGCCGGCCAACAUUCCGUCUCCUCCACCCCUCAUCCCCACCUCCAAGCCCACAGACAAGCCCUCCUUCAUUCAGGGGGGCUCCAUUUCACAGGGAACACCGGGGACAUACCUGCCUUCUCAGACGCACGCUGUGUACGUACCAGAGGUAGUGAAGACUGCAGGAGGGUCGAUUUCGCUCGGCUUACCAAGACAGCACGACCCUGCCAAACCUGUGUCAUAUAUUAAGCAGGAGGAAUGCUCUCCACGGGGACAGAGUGCUCAGGCGGAGGGACUCUUAUCCAGAGCUCAAUAUGAGGGUGUGGUAAGAGGUGGACCUUUACAGAUUCAGGACAUGAGAGGUCCCCCUGGAAAAGGCCUAGAGGGUUUGACUUUCCGAGGAGGAUCUAUUACACAGGGCACCCCUGCCUUGACUCAGCCCAAUGUAGCAGCAGACCUGUUGAAAGGCAGUAUAGCUAAACUGGCCACUGAGGACCUAAGUGGUCCUGAGAAGAGUCGAGCCGAAGCUCACUCCAAAGCUCACGUCAUCUAUGAAGGAAAAAGCGGGCACAUCCUCUCUUAUGAUGCCAUUAAGAAUCCAAGAGAAGCCACCAGAAGCCCAAGGAUGGGUCAUGACCUCAAACGCACGUAUGACAUUAUGGAGGGGUCCCGUGGACACCCGGUGCGGGACACUGCACCUUAUGAGGGCUUGAUCAGCAGAGCAUUGCCGAGAGAAAGUCCACAUGAGUCUAAGGACCGAGCUAUACUCGCUGGAUCCAUCAUGCAGGGAACACCAAGAGCUUCUGCUGAAGUCUUUGAUGAGACCUCCAAAUACGGCAAACAGAUCAAGAGGGAGAGCCCACCCAUCCGUUCUUUUGAGGGAGGCAUCAGCAAGGGUAAACCAUACGAGGGGGUGAACACCAUCAAUGAGAUGGGCCGUUCGAUUCAUGAGAUCACCCGAAAGGACCCUCAGGAUAGCCGCAAAACACCCGUAAUGGAAGGAUCCAUUACUCAGGCUAUUCCUCUGAAGUACGACAGCAGUACUGUGAACCUAUCGGCCAUUAAGCACAACGUUAAAUCCCUGAUCACAAGCCCACUGAAGAUCUCCCACUCCGCUAUUGAGGCUGAGAGAGCCCAGUACGAGGACAUGAUGGCGUCAGAGCGCGUCCGCCACACAUCCGUAGUAAACUCCACUUCUGUCCUGCGCUCCACACAUAUAGAGGCAGGAAAAUCUCAACACAGCCCAGGCAUGUAUGAGGACAGCAAUGCACGGAGAACCCCCACCUACUCCAACACCUCUUUAUCCAGAGGAUCUCCUCUACUGCGUCCACAGGAAGGAAGUAUAACAUCAGGUAAACCAGUUUCUCACGAGAGGAAGAGCACAUUGACUCCAACCCAGAGGGACAGUGUUCCUGCCAAGUCACCUGUGUCAGGUGGUGACCCUCUCGGUUCUCACAGCACGUUUGACCCGCAUCACAGACCUGUGGUACCUGGUGAGAUGUACCGAACUCACCUGGCUCCUCAUCUGGACCCUAGCCUCGCCUUUCACAGAGUCCUGGACCCAGCGUACAUGUUCCCACGGCAACCGUCGCCAACCGGUUAUCCCAACACUUACCAGCUCUACACUAUGGAGAACACUCGGCAGACCAUUCUGAACGAUUACAUCACCUCGCAGCAGAUGCAGGUCAUACCGCGGCCUGAUGUCACGAGGGGACUGUCACCACGCGAACCAACCAUCGCCAUCCCUUACCCACCACCUAGAGGAAUAAUUGAUCUAUCCCCGAUGCCUACCAUCCUGUUACCUCACCCUGGGGGCACAGGUUCCCCCUCCCUGGACCGCAUCACCUACAUCCCUGGACCUCAGACCCCUUUCCCUCCUAGGGCAUACAACCCUGCCUCCAUAUCUCCAGGACAUCCUGCCCAUCAUAGUGCCACAGCAGCCAUUGUGGAGAGAGAAAGUCAGCGAGAGAAGGAGCGAGAAAGAGAACGGGAGAGAGAAAGAGAACGUACAGCAAUGGAAUAUAUCCGUGCAGGUAGGACUCAUGAAAACAAACGUCAAUCCGUAUAUAUUUUCUUGCAGUCGUGUAUAGUGCUUUUAUUAGUUCAUCUUUUUGGAAUAGUUGCUGUUGUUCAGAGUGCUCAGGAUCUUUAUGCCAUUUACGUUUCAGGUUCUGAGCAGCCUGUGCGACCAGUCAGCCGUGGUUUCCUGCGUUCCCCGUCACCCUCUGUGAGGUCACAGGAGGGCGUCCUCCAGCAGCGACCGAGCAUCUUCCAGGGCAUUAACAAGAGCGUGAUCACCCCACUCAUGCAAAUGCCAUCACAAGCAGCUGCAGCUCAGGCCAAUUCCCGAUACAACAAUGCAGCUGACGCGCUCGCUGCACUGGUGGACGCAGCUGCCUCUGCCCCGCAGAUGGAUGUUGCUAAGGUCAAGGAUGGAAAGCACAACAGCGGCAGCUCACGUGAUGACGACGUGAUGUCAUCAAGGCGGGCAGCACAAGAGUCACAGGAGGCGGAACAUCGUUCCAUGCAGUCACCCUAUGGGGACGUGUCGCUUCCUGGUGCGAAACUUUCCCAUCCUGCGUAUGCUGAGGGGGGAGGAGCUGCAGGGAGCAAAGAAAAAGCCCCACCCACUAAAUCACAAAUAGAGGAGGAGCUACGUACACACGGGAAGACCACCAUAACUGCUGCAAACUUCAUUGAUGUCAUCAUCAAGCGCCAGAUCGCCCCAGAUAAGGACACUCGUGAGAGAGGCUCACAGAGCUCAGACUCCUCAAGCAGCAUGUCAUCAAGCCGUUAUGAGCCACAAGGUGGGAUUGAGGCCAUCAGCCCAGCCAGCUCUCCAGCCCAGAGAGAAGAGAAGAAUGAGGGAGCGUUCCCAUCAGAAAAGAGCUCCCAGCCAGCUUCAGGUGGACCGAGGUUUGACAUUAAUCGGUACAGACCAUCGGUAGAGUCAGGUCUAUCUGCACACCAGCAACUCUCCUCCUCACAAGCAGACAGCUAUGGGCCCGUUCCAAAAACGCACCGCAUCAUGACCCUUGCCGAUCACAUAUCGCACAUCAUAACACAGGACUUUGCUAAGAGUCAGGACCCUCCCACAUCAUCCUCCGUCUCCACAUUCCAGAGCUCUGCCACAGGCCGAGUUAAACCUCAUAACCGCUAUAGCCCAGAAAACCCACCACCUGCUAUACACAACCAGAGACCACCAAGCAGAGUAUCUCCUGAGAACACAUCCGACAAAUCACGAGCCAGGUAUAUGCCAGGAAGAUCUCCUGAUCGAGGUCGAGAACUGGAGAACUAUGAGCCAAUCUCUCCCCCUCAGGGUUACUCAGGGUUGGAUAAACAAGAGACCAGUGUCCUACAGAGUCAAAGACGAGAGCAGGAGCACCUCGAGCAGAGGACUAACUCUCACUCACCAGGCAGCAGCGGAUACCUGCCGUCGUUCUUCACCAAACUGGAGAGCACGUCUCCUAUGGUUAUGUCCAAAAAGCAGGAGAUCUUCCGCAAGGCUGAAGUCGGUAACGCUCAGCCGGGCACAGAGAUCUUUAAUUUACCAGCAGUAACAACAUCAAACAGCAUAAACCCCAGAAACCACUCGUUCAGUGAUCCAGCCAGUAAUCUGGGUUUGGAGGACAUCAUCAGGAAGGCUCUGAUGGGAAACAUGGAAGAGAGGUCGGAGGAACAGCAGCAGCAGGGUGCACAGACGGGAAACACCUCAGGCAGCAUUUCAGAAGGCCGACAGGAGGCCAAUCCUUCCCCUAAUGCUGAAAUCGAGACUCAUCAGACCAGGCAACAUUUUUCCAGUCUUCAACUGUCCAAUUUUGGCAAACAGAAGCUCCAGAGCAAAGCAAGCAGUAGGAAAUCUAAGUCCCCUAACCCAAGCCAGCCGUACUUUGUUGGAGAGCGGCCGUCUUCGGUGUCAUCCGUUCAUUCAGAGGGAGAUUAUCACAGACAGGCUCCCACCUGGGCUUGGGAAGACCGCCCGUCCUCCACUGGUUCCAUGCAGUUUCCAUACAACCCCCUGACAAUGCGCAUGCUCAGUAGUACCCCUCCCAUCUCCAUGGCUUGCCUGUCUCCCUCCAUGCAGUCCCAGCAGCAGACACAGGGUGGCACACCCGGCCCCAUGGCUCCAACUCGUGUGUGGGAGAGAGAGCCACCGCUGCUGUCGGAGCAGUACGAAACCCUCUCAGACAGCGACGACUGAGCCAGGUUACCAGCUUUCCUCAUCUGAAGGACCCCACGAGUGUCCACAUCCCUUACCAUUGCCCUUCUCUCUCUUGUUUUAAUGAAUACCACUCACUGCCACUCGAGUGAGGUUUAACUGGGAAGGAGGACGUCCUUUAGGUGCUACCUUUGUGCCCACUGGUGGUCAGGAAAGAGUAUCACAGAGGGCCGCUGGUUUUCAGGCAUGGACCUGCAGAAGCUUGGAUUUGUGGCCUGAAUGGGGAUGAGAACUACAGCAAAUCCCAAAUCAAUUGAAAUGUGGAAAGAAAUAAUGAAGAAUUUGUAAAGAGACUUAUUUGCUGAAAAUUUCUUUCUGUAAAGAAAUGUUUUGUUUUUGUUGUCUUUGAAAAGGAAAAAACCUAUAUAUGUAAAUAGAGUAACGUUUUGCAGUCUUUUUCCUUUAACUCCUUUUUUUCAGAAUUUUAACAUCCCUUUUUAAAUCCAACCCAGCUGGUCGAGCAUGACGCUGUGGAGAAUUUUUGGUCAGAAGAGCAUUGAGCUUCCCAGAUCUGAAAGUAAUGUUUAAUCAAAACGACUCCAAGCUAAAAAUCAUUUCAUUAUCUGUGGCCCUCAAAUGCAGAUAUUGUGUGCAGCAUUGUUGAUGUUUGCUGUUAGUGAUUUCUGCCCUGUUUUUCCGCUGAUGGAAACAUUUUUUUGUAAGAGAACAGGACUAAAUAAAAAGACAUCAGUUCUUUGUGAAUGAUGGCUGAUUCACAGUGAAACAUUGGACAUUAGAUGAAUGUUGCUUCUGUUUUUGGCGUCAGCAAUGGCCUGUUGCAGAACUGUUCUAGGUGUAUGGACCUGCGGUUGAAUGUCGAACAGUCCGAGAUGACUCACCAUCUUAAUUCUGUGGUUGAUAACCUGUUCUCAUAAGGCUUUCCUCAAUGGUCCUGCAAAGUUCGUCAUCCUGCCCCAGUAAGCGUGUUUCUGGAGGGAAUAUACCUGUAAAACUUUUUAAUAAUCAUAAAGGAGCACGUGUAACGUGUCAAAAUAUGUGAUUUCUACAUCCUAGACCACAAAGCUAAAAUGCCGUGAAAAAUGAGGAAGUAUCGACUUGAUACAUCUCUGCACCAUUGUUGCACUUUUCUCCUUAGUCAUUUUUGAAAAACAUAAAUCAUACUACCUGUUAUCUAAGUUAUUCAGUAUAAUGCAGAGGUCUGGAAUGCUUUCAGAUAUAUUCAUGUUUUACUCACUUCAUGCUCCAUAGAAUUUGAUCAUCUUGCUGUUUUUUCCAACCUUUUCUAACUGUUUAAGAGAGGUACCGUUAUCACAGCUGUUGCUGAGUUAUGGAGACAUUUGUUUAGAGAUAAAAAUGUCUGAAAAUUGUUAAGCUCGGUUUAAGUUCGCUGCAGAAAUUACGUUUAAUGUGACGAAAGCUGUAAUGUGGUUCCUGAUAUCUGAAGGCAUCUCUUGAUUCUGAUUUUUCCCAGUUUAUGUACUUUUGCUUCAAGUUACACCACCAUUCUGCUCAUUAUUGUAAUAUGAUGGUUUCAUUUGCUUUGAAAGUUAAGUUCAUGUUGUUUUUUGUUCACUUUUUCUCUUUAAUAUUCAGCAUCAAUGUAUUGUUCAUCCUGCUUUUGUGGGAUGUCAAGUGUUUACAGUGGCGUUGACAAAAAUGGUAAAACUUGAAUCUUAAAGAAUUAAAAUUGCUCAUCGCAUCAGUCUGUUUCACAGUACAGCUUUGCAGCGGCAACUUUUGUCCAGGUUUUUGAAUCGAGACUUAAAGACUUAAAAAGUAACUCCGAUGUUGAUACCCAAUGUUUGCUUCACUGACUCUGUCUCUUAAGUAGUGGAUGAGAAAUGUGCAGACCAAUCAAUAAAAUACAACAGAGCUCCACAUCUCUA